AUGGACUCCCUGGUACUUGAAGAGGCCUCUGCAGCGCUUCAAAAGACUUACGGCGCGUAUUUGCUCGGAACGUGUCUCAGUAUCAUACUGUAUGGUGUCAGCCUACAUCAAUUCUUUCUCUAUGUGCGUAUGUACCCCUCGGAUACGCCAUUCAUCCGGGCCCUGGUCGUCGCUGUGAUGCUUCUGGAAACCGUGCAGGUUCCUAUGCUCAUGCAUACAUGGCACGCUAUUCGACCUCUCUCUGAGGCUUCUCAACCCUUAUCCUUUAUUUAUAGUUACUGGGCACUCGUCACGCACUUCUUCGAUCCGGGGGCGCUCACGCAGGGCAUAUGGUCUGUUGAGAUCUCGCCAACGAUCAGCGCUUUGAUAACUUUGACCGCCCAGGCAUUCUUCGCUCGGAGAGUCGCCCUACUCGGCUUCAAGUACAGAAUUGUGGUAGGAAUCGCUUGGUUCUGCUUGAUCACAUUCUUGGGGAUGGCAAUUGCUGUGACCGUGAUAUCGACGCAGCUGCACAAUCUUACACAAUUCGGGCGCGAGACGGAGUGGCUGUUCAGUGCAGGCCUGUGGUUCGCCACAGUUGCCGAUAUGCUGCUAUCGGGUUCGAUCAUAAUCGCAUUGCGAAGCAGCCCCGAUACGUACAAUCCCCGAGGGGUGCAAUGUCGGACAGACCGCUUUAUGCUUUACGUCGUGAACACGGGAUUGAUGACGGGGAUAUUCAACAUUAUCCCGUCCAUUCUGGCAACGAUGGACCCGAAGACGUUCAUCUGGGCAGCCUCAUCAUAUGUCGGAACUCGACUGUACGCCAACACCCUCUUUGCCGUCCUCAACUCCCGAAACCUCAUGGCCAGUCGUGGCAUCGAGAUCUUCGGCCCUGCUACGCUAGAGCGCAAUAUCAUCGCGCGCGUGAACCAUAUCGCCACCGCCGAGCAGUGGGGCGCCCCUCAGCUGCCGGUGUCUGGUCCUGCGAAGAUCAACAUCAUGGUCACCGCAGAGAGCGAAAUGGACAGCGUGGGCACGAUCGAGCGCCGCGGCCUCGACAAGCGCGACUACGCUGAUACUGUAUGA